CAGCAAGACGUCGCUACUAAAUUCCGAAUGCAAAUGUAAGCCAGGUGACCGAUGAUGACUGAAAUCUACCCCGUUCAUGGCGACAAUCCCAAGUCGCGUCGUUCGUCGCCACAUCCCGAUGCCUUGGCUCAGAUAUCCUACAUACACGGUGGCCAGGAUACGGAAUGCAGGGAGCAGACAAAUCAAGGCGAGCCCGACGACAUUAUCGCACAGAUUCUUGGAAAAUUUGGUAUAUGGCAACUGCGCUCCGUGCUGAUCAUCUUCCUCUGCAAAAUUCCCGCCGCGUGGUUUAUGGCCUGCAUCAUCUUCACGGCACCGGACAUCUAUCCCAACGAGGAGUUCAGCUGCGAUACCAGCGCCUAUGGCGCCAUGGAUAACUGCAGCGUCAGUGAAGAUCAAUGUUCCGUGUUGGUAUCCUACGGUGAUGGCAACUAUGCGGUGCGACAAUGCCAACAGUUCCACUAUGCCCAAAGCUUUCACUCGCUGAUCAUGGAAUUCGACCUGGUCUGUUUGUGUGACAUAUUUGUGGCCUGGUCGCAGUACUGGCAUCUCUUUGGCAUGUUUGUCGGCGGCGUGGUUGCCACGCGUCUGAUGCGGGUCGUCAGUCCACGGCGUGUCUACAUCUCUGGCAUCUGGGCUCUGCUCUGCUGUGGUGUGGCAACUGGUCUAGUCAAUGAUUUCAGUUUGCACUGCUCGUUUCGUUGCCUGUCGGCUGUGUCCUGUUCCCUUAUGAUGACUGCUGGUCAGACCAUUUUUACGGACAUUACAUCGGGUAAGUAUCGUCAGGGCGUGCUGCUGCUUUAUGAAACUUUCUGGUCCCUUGGCAUCAUCGUACUUCCUGCGAUUGCUGUUGGUGCUCACAGUUGGCGGCAGAUUUAUAUUGGGAUUACGUCGCUGCCUUUUAUCAUAGUCUUGCUGCUGCCCUGGUUACCAGACUCGCCACGCUGGCAGCUCCAGCGAUCCGUAUCCCUGGAUGCCGCAGUGGAGCACGUAAUGAACCUACUUCAUUAUGCAGCCAGCAUAAAUGAUCGCAACUCCAAGAUACCUUACGACUUGGAAAUACAGUUGCAACAUCUGGGCGAGAAGCUCCGCGCUCAGCCGCCUCCUGCUCGUUGGCUAGAGCUAUGGCAUGGUCACAAACGGGCCAAGCUCCAUAUGCUGGCCACCCACAUGGCCCUGGCCACAUUCCUCAUCGGUCACAUGGGUCUGCUGCUCAACAUACGCUCCUUUGGACGCGACUAUCUGUCACCCAAUACCAUGGUGGUUGGUGUCUUCGAAAUUCUAGGCUGCAUUUUAGCCAUGUACUUGACGUUUAAGCACAAUGCCCACAAGUGGCAAUGGGCGGGCGGCUUCUGCAUUGUGGUGGAUUGCGUGGGAUGCUUUUGCUGGUUCUUUACUCAUGUCGAGAUACCCGAAAUCUAUGAGAUUGCUCUAUGGAUGUUUUUUGCCGUACUACCCAAAGCUGGCAUCUCGUGUGCCCAAGCCAUGAUACUAACCUGCAUGGGCGAGUCUUUGCCGCCCGAGAAACGUGCUCCGUUCGCUUUCUCUGUCGUCACAUGGGCACGUGUUUGGCUGCUUUCCGCCUCGUUUCUCACAGUACUCAAGGAGCUCAACAUCGCCCUGUCGCUGUCCACUUUCUGUGUGCUCGUCAUAUUGGGCGGAAUCUGCACUUGUUGCCUCCGCACCCCGGUGAACAGUGAACAGGAAGCGGAUAGGCAACAAGAAGAGCAAUACAACGAUGCUGUCAGUUUUAAUACGCAUUUGUAGCACGAGAUA